AUGCAUCAAGAUGUUUGGAGGGAAGUUUUUCAAUUUUUGGAACCGAUUGAUUUGGUGAGUUCAAUGUUGGCUAUUGUAGAAGAAUCAAUUGUUACGUUUGAGAGUAUUGCUUUGGGAGAUUGUAGAGUUUCAUUCCGAUAUAUUGAUCACAAUGAUGAUUGGUCAGAAAAUCAAUUAAAUUCUGAAUAUUGUUUGGAUUAUGUUAGAAUAUUGGGAAAUGUAAAUUAUAUUGUUAAUUUAUAUUUAUUAAAAUUGGGAAUUAAAUUGGGAAAUUUUGAUAGUCAAUCGAAUGUUGAAUCGAUACUUGAUAGUUAUCAAUUUAGUUUAUUGGAAUUUUAUAGAAAAAGUUUACUUCAAGUUGAAUUUCCACCAUUUGAACCAACUACACCAGAUAAAGCAUAUGUAUUGAAAUAUGUUACAAUUGGAGAUAGGUCAAUUGGAAAGAAAACUUUACAAAUGUAUUUGAGGGAUGGAAAAUUUGAUCCUCACCCACCAAUUGGAGUUGAUUUCUGUAUCAAGAGGUGUGCUCUAAAAGGAGGACCAAAUAUUAAACAUCAAAUAUGGAAUGCUUCAGAUAUGAGACAAGAAUCAAAGCCAGAACUUAUUCAAAAACUUAGUCGAUAUGGAUUUUCAUUCCUCUUUUGCUUCUCAAUGGAAAAUGAGGAAACCUUCAAAGUGAUGGAACAGUGGAUUGAACCUCUUAGGAACCUUGAUAUUUCAAAAAGAUUGGGUUUAAUCAUUGGCUUUCAUCCAUUCAUUAAGAACGAAACAAAACAACACUUGACUCGAUUGGAAGCUGUGAAAAAAUCUUGGCAAUUUGAAAAAUCAUUAUUUCUCGAAAUUGACACUGCCAAGAACCAGAAUAUAUAUGCUCUUGUUUGGUUCCUUCAGAUAAAGUAUACAUACUUUAAACCUCCUUCGACAAUGUAUUAUGUAGCACCUGAAAAUAUUACAAAGCAACAAGAAGAAGAGCCUGUUAAAAAGUCAUUCUGUAUUAUACAAUAA